AUGUUAGUGAACGAAGCCAGUUUAAUGUUGGGUGGUACUGAUGCUGUGGUGGACAAAACUGAAUACCAUGAAAUUCGGACAAAUACCAAAAAGCCGGGGGAUAUUGUCAUACAACGACGCAUUGAUGGUUCGGAGGAUUUCUUCCGACCAUGGGCUGAUUAUAAAAAGGCAUUUGGCAAUAGUUCUAGAGAGUUUUUCAUUGGCAUUGAUAAAUUGAAUAAACUCACCAAUUCCCGUCCCUAUGAGUUGCUGAUUCUUAUGGCAGAUUGGGAAAAUGAUAGUCGUUUUGCCAGAUACGAUCAAUUCAUAAUUGGCAACGAAGCUGAUAAAUAUGUUCUCAAGGAAUUGGGUAAAUACAGUGGUUCCGCUGGAGAUGCCUUGGGCUAUUCCUUGGGUCAGAAAUUUACAACAAAGGAUGAAGAUAAUGAUGUUUGGAAUAAAAAUUGUGCUGUUGAAUGUACCGGCGCCUGGUGGUAUAAGGAUUGUCACAAAAGCAAUCUCAAUGGCCGUUAUAUCAAAGGCGGCACCACCACUGCCUUUGCCCAAGGCGUUGAUUGGGAUCCAUGGAAGGGACAAUAUUAUUCGUUGAAAUUUGUUAAAAUGAUUUUACAUCUCACAUAGAAAGGACAAUUUAUGCACCUAAACUACAAAUAUAAAUACUUAAAUAAUGAAAAAAAUGUGAAUUUGAAAAUAUUUCUUGAUGACAAUAAAAAUAGAUUUCAAGAUAA